CAAGCGUGGCUAAAAAGCGCUUCAUUUGCUUUUGAGACGAGCUUCGACGCACUUUGGAACGUUGAAAAUGAAAGUUGCCCUUUCGAUCUUGUUUUUGGCCUUCAUUGGCCUGUCCUCCGCCGACAACGUGGAAAUUAAGAGCUCCGAUGAGCUGGAAUUGACGUACAAGCCUCAGGAGGAUCACCCUCUUUUUGGAAAUCCAGGGUCUACCACCAAGCUCAUGUUCCAAUUGAAAAACAAUGGCGCAGACGGUCUGUUUUCCGUCAGCACAACCAGUAGCAUAUCCCCAGAGAUGCUUGGCGAAAGUGUGUCGGAAAUCAACGUGCCAAACGGCAGAGUUGGGACGGUUCUCAUCAACAACAUUCAAAUCCCAAAUAAAUCCGGAACACGAGUGACCCUUGGCGUGAAUCUUCGCCGAGUGAGCCCAGGGAUAACUAAUGUCUUAGCAUCGGAUCAAAUCAAGAUGCAGAGUGUGAGUAGGACAGUGAUUUUUACAAUUGGAGAGGCACCCUCAGAUCAAGAUCAACCAGAAAUUGAGCGAGGGGUCACUUCUGAGUGCUCGGUCCCAAAGAACGACACGAGGUGCGAAAACUACAAAUGGCAUGCUGAAUUUGAAGUCCAGGAUGAGGGAGUUGGAUUACAAUCGCUGAACAUUCAAUCCAUGGGAAGGGAUCCCUACACAAUACCUAUUUUCUACAAAUACGAAAACUUCGAUAUUGGCACCACGGACGAUGUGGCAUUGAUUACAGAUGUUAGUUGUUGCGUUGAGGGAGUUUCCAUAACUGCCACCGAUCUCAAAGGCAAUCAGGUGACCAAAGACUUCGUGAAUGGCGGUAACGGAGCCAUCUCAGCCUCCGCACCCUUUGCAAUUCUUUUGAUUGCUCUCUCAAUUGCAUUCUCUAGCCUUUAAGCCCCUAUGUGAAGAAUAAAAACUUUUUUCGGCACUCA